GGCACCAACACGACCAAGCCGUUGCCUCGCACCAACCACAACUCGACCGCAUCAGCAGCCUGCCCAAUCACCCAGCGCAUCGCACCCAAUCAGUUUCUGCGACACGAAACAACGCGUCGCUGGCCGUCAUAGAAAUUCAGAUUCGCAUCGCACUGCAAUCAUCAAUCGUCAACUUUGACGAUAAAUCUUUGUCACGUGCAUCGGUCGACAUCAACUAGGAAAGAUAUUUAUCUAUUAAAUAUCUAUCAUCUACGACCUUUUAUAAUAAGGUCGUGAACAUAUUAUUAAUAGGCUUCCAGGCCUUUCUUUGAUGCCGCACUUCCCGGAGUAGGCCGUUCACUCCAGCUCCGAAUGGCAGUCAUGGCCUCCCCUAAACCAGAUGCGACUGCUGUCGACCAGAAACAAGCAGUCAAAAUGGCGUCAAUUGGGGGCGAAGACUCAGUUGCCACCAGCAAUGGUGUUGAAGGACAUUCCCCGACGCAGAAUGGUGUCAAGUCGUCUCCAGAAGCUACUAUAAAGGGCUCGACGGAUCCUGCGACAGAGGCCGAUGCGGACAUAGACAAGCUUUCAUCCAACCACGCUCAGAACUCAGACGCCUUCUCCUCGAACAAGUUGAUCACAACCGAGCCGACGAUAACAACAACGGACGAGACUGAGAUGAAGGCAGAGGAACAGGAUGACAAGUCAAAAUCCGAGGCUGAGGAUAGCAAAGUACCCGCCGCCAACGGAACGUCCGCUAAAUCUGGCGACGAUGACGUGAAAGACGAGUCCAAGUCUGCGAAAGAGGAAGACGAGGUCAAACCAGCUGCUCAAAGUGCAACAAACGAAAAUCCAAAACCGGACGAGUCCAUUGAAGAUGCAGAGGAAUCAAAGGAUGCUGAGAUGUCAGAGGCACCGCCGUCAGCACUAGAUGCGAAGACAGAGGCGAGCGGCGCCGCUUCCCCAAAGUCAGACACGAAACCUGCGUCACCAAAAGCAACCAAGGAAUCAGAAGAAUCUUCAGCCACAAAGACGAAUGAGGUUAAUGGUGCAGAGGACAAGGUUGACUCCGAAAGCAAACCAACCUCGACCGAUUCAAGCCUGAACCCUCCUAGCAUGUCGAACUUGGCCAUUGAUGCAUCGCAAGAUGCCAGCGUUGCAGAGAACCAAGAUACUAGCAUGGCCGAAGCCCCAUCGCAGACUAACAAGGUUGCCCGUGAGCGCGAGGAUGACACAAGUGAAGAGCCUGCGGCCAAGCGGGCGAAGACUGAGUCCCGCUCGACUGAGCUGGACGCCGAGACCACCACAACCAAAAAAGUCUCUGACACAAAACCCAAGACUGACUCACCAAAAAGCUCAGCUGUAGCUACCGACGACAAGUCCGAGACUGAAGCCGCCGAGGUGGAUGCAGCACCUUUCGCCCCGGAACCCAUGGACGUUGAUCCAGAGGGCUGGGAGGAGUCUGCUCAGAAGCUGGUUCCGAAACCCAUCAGAGCCCUACCUGGAAGCAUCAUGCAUCCCACAUCCUAUGAUAAGCCCAUUUCCGAAUUUGCUAACCGCGAGAUUCGAAGAGCAUUGGGCAGCGUCAAAAAGACCAAGGCUGGAGGGAAUUUCAAAGAUUCAGUCGCAAAGCUUUGGCCAGUACUGGCUGAAAGCUACAACAGCAAGGUCAAGAAGCCAAUGGAUAUCGGAUUGAUGGAGCGUAACCUGCGGACCGGAGUUUACAAGACCAUUGGUGAAUUCAAGGCCGAUCUUGACCUCCUGGUCCUCAACUCGUACUACUUCAACGGCGCAAUGCACGAUGUCACUAAGUCUGCCAUCAGCUUGCUUGAGAGCGUCCUCUACAAGCUUGUAGACACACCAUUGGACGAGCUUAACAAACCGUCCUCGAGUCAAUCGAAAUCCGCCUCCUCGACGAGGCACGCAGAACCUCGGGCGGCGACACAGCCUAAGCCCAAGCCGGCACCCGCCCCGGCAAAACCGCCACCGCCUCCUGCCCCUAUAGAGAAGGUUGUCCAGAGUCCCAUUCACGCCGCGCCAGCCGCAAGACGGGACUCCAAAGAUGACGACCGGCCAAAGAGACCAAUCCAUCCCCCCAAGAAGGAGCUCGGCUACGAUGGCAAAGGUUCCAAGAAGAAGAAGCUCUCCCCCGACCUGAAGUACUGCGAUGACAUCUUGAAGGAUCUUGCGAAACCUAAAAGCCAUGGCAUUGCUUGGAUCUUUGCGAAGCCAGUCGAUGAGACUCGUGACGGCGCGCCUGGAUACUACAGCAUCAUCAAGAAGCCUAUGGACCUGGGGACGAUGACGGUGAAGUUGCAGGAAGGCAAGUAUCGUAGUGCGGCCGAUUUCAAGGCCGAUUUCGACCUGAUGUUAAACAACUGCUUCACAUUCAACCCCGCGGGCACUGAUGUUCAUGCGCUGGCUCGCAACCUCGAGGCCUACUUUCAAGACAAGUGGGCGGGUAUCGAUGCCUAUGUCGCCAAGCAUGCGAGCAGGGCCCCAGCCCGUCGAACCUCCGCUUCUAGUCCCAGCGCGGGCAUCAAAGACGAGUCGGAGGACGAGGGCCCGGCUAGUGAACCGGAGCCUGAGGUACCUGCCGCACACUUGGAUCAGAUUCGUGAGCUCAAGAAAAAGAUCGAUGCUGUCGAUGCUAGUAUUACAAAGCACAAAGAGCAGUACACCGAGGAGGUGGCAAACAGCGCAGAUCCAUCCGACACAUCCAAGCUUGACAUUUUGAUGUCAAUCAUCCAGAUGCUCAACAAGGAUCUUGGAGACAAGAAGAAGAAGCUCGCGGAGUUGGAAGCCAGCACGCCUGCAUCCAAGCCAAAACCUGCCGCCAAGGCCAAGAAGGCUGCGGCAGCUGGCAAUGCACUGCCGAACAAGAAGGCGGCUGGUGGCAACAAGAAGGCUAGUGGAGCUGGAGGCAAGAAGUCUAGCAAGCGUGUCAUGAGCACAAUUGAGAAGGAGGCAAUUGCCAACGGUAUCAAUGAGCUUGAUGGCACCUAUCUCGAGCAAGCUGUCGCCGUCAUCAAAAAGGACACCAACCAAGAGGAGAAUGGUGACGGCGAGCUGGAACUCGAGAUUGAACAGUUGUCGAUUGAUGCGCUCAACAAACUCUACGAUCUCAUGUGCUCGGGAAUCAAGGGGUUCCGAUCAAAUGUAGAAUCGAUGGUGAGGAGCGCUCAAGCAACAGCUCCACCUCCGGCACAAGCCCCACCAGCUAUCGCCGGACGUGGACAGAAGCCCAAAAAGAACAAGCCCAUGGGCAAGGGUGAGCAAGAGCGCAAGCUUGAGCAUCUCGAAAAGCUCAAAGCCCAGUACACUGCGAACAAAGGCCGACAAGGCAGCGGUAGCCAGGAGCCGCCGGGUGCGAAUGAGCUUGCCUCACAGGAACCGGCAGAUGAAGAGGACAGCGAUGUCAGCUCCGAGGAGGAGUAGGAAGCUUACGACGGUGAUUAUCAAGUCAGCACCUCUGAGGAGGGUUGACCGCGUUCCCAGGAGCUCGAUCAAGCCCUUUCACAGGACACCAAGUACGCGGUGUUGGCUCUGCUGUUUGGGUGCUCUCUGCAUCACGACGCCACCUGUUAGUACCCACCCAAUAAUACUAUGGGGUUUGGGGCUUCCGAUGGGUCGCUCUUUAAAGAAUGUCAGUGUUUUGUACAUGCGAUGAUGUUGCGUUAUGAGGUUUAUGCAGCAAUCGGCGCAUUAGGAAGAUAUUGGUUUCCCUGGCCUUGGCCGAUCGUGGUUCUAGGCCACUCGCAUGGGGUUUGGAGGCUAGGAUGCAAACCAUUCCUAUACGUCUCUAGACUCAUUCCAGCCGAACUUCUUGGGCGUAUCAGAGGCCUCUGGAAGAUGGGCAGGGGCGCACACCCAUGAUUGGCUUGCGCUUGGGAGCAGGAGCUUAUUUAAAGGCAGCAUUGGAUUUCCUUGCAUACUUGCAGCGGAGUCCUGGCGUCUCAGCAAACAUCACCGAAUACAGCGUCCACUUGACUCUGCUGCUGGGUGGGAGCUGUUUACAUUUUUCUCCUUUUCUAGUGCAAAUGGGAGUCUGGCCGAGGGUUUGGUCAUGCAUAGCCAUUUUGCUUUCAGGGAAGGGCAUUUCAUAACAAUACCGAAAUAAUACAGCCGGUGUUGGAAGAGAGGCCAAAGGCUGGGAUCGCUUGGCAUUUUGAUGGUCAAGCACCCCUGUUCUUGAGCGCUUGCUCAAUGGGCCAGGGACUCAUCUGCGCUUCAGAAUUCUGUUGAUGAUUUGGAUUGGUAAAAGGUGGGACAGAGCCAGGGAGACAGACGCCCCGUUCGGCGAUCCUCAAUCGUUCGCGCCAAGGGUCUCUUUUUUUUCCGAGCAUCUUGAGCUUCUGACAAGUCUUUUUCUUCCUCGUUCAAAAUGCUCCACUUCCUGGCGGCAGAAAUUAAAGAAAAUGCUAUCCUCACUUGAGGCGCCAACAAUGACGUCGUUAUUUUCAUCUCUUCAUGUAAAAUAUUUAGGGCAGGGGAUGGGUUGGAAUGGUGCAGAAAAGCCAAAGCCUGUGUCUUGUGUAAUACUUUUUUUUUUCGACCCUUCUCUAGUCCACUCGGACUGACCCUUUGAUGCGUGUUUUUGUGAUUAUGUAUGCCAUGUAUAAACAAGAAAAAAAAACCA